AGACUCAUCAGAUCGGACUGGGCGAAGUCAUCAGCGCCACUGAAGCGCUCUUUAUACCAGCAGCGAGCCUUUAUCUUCCCUGCUGUUGACUUGGGAAAUGCCUCAGUGCGUCCUCCAAGCUCUGCUGAUGAUCGAUUCCGUUGACGCAGCCGAAUGGAUGAUUCCGAGCCCAGUAACCUUGCUCGCAAAUAGACUGUCCCGAAAAGUCACUUUGGCAUGGUGUCACCUCGCGAUGGCAUGCCAGUACUCAGGAUCUUUCAGAUGCCGGCCAAACGCAGGCUCUGACAAUCCUCAGUCCGCUAGCCCCUGGAGCCAUUGUGCUCGUCUUCGCUCCGCAGCAAAGUAAGCGGAAGCGCAGAGGGAUGCCUUCCCG